UCUAUGGCCGCGCCGCCAUGUUGGCCGUGCGGGGAAGCGGCGGCCCGGACCCCGCUAAAAUGGAGGCGCGGAGCCCUCCGGGGGUGUAGGGGCUCCUUCCCCUCCCCGACCCCCAGCCCGGAGCCCAUGGAGCGGCUGUAGGGUCGGUGCUGGAGCAGCUCCUCACUGCCAGGAUGAGCUUCCCAAAUUCCAGCCAACAUCCAGGAGCUGGGAAUUCCUGCAGGAUCAGCCUUGGCCAAGGCAACCAGGUGAUUCCCAAAGUUCCUCUGCUGAGGAUCCUGCAGGCUGCAGGGGCCCAGGGAGAGACUUUCACCCUCAAAGAGGUGAUGCAUUUCCUGGGCCAGUACAUCAUGGGCCGGCAGCUCUACGACAAGAGGCAGCAGCACCUGGUGCACUGCGGGGGGGACCCGCUGGGAGAGCUGCUGGGACUGCAGAGCUUCUCUGUCAAGGACCCCAGCCCCGUGUACGAGAUGCUGAAGAGGAACCUGAGCCCUGCUGCCCUCCCAGAUGCUGCACAGACUCUCCCAAAGGAGCAGAGCGUCGCUAAGCCCAGCCCAGACCAGCUGCAGCUCAGCCAGGAGGAGGGAUCUGACUCUGGGAUCCUGGAGGGUGACAGCAAAACCUCUGCUCCAGCUACCUCAGAGGCCAAGUGUGACACUUGUGAAGACAAAGAUUUGACAGAAAACCUCUCCAAAAACAAAAAACCCAAGCUGGACCUGGUUUUUGAGGAGUGGGAUGUGGCUGGGCUGCCCUGGUGGUUUUUAGGGAAUCUCAGAAGCAAUUACAAAUCCAGGAGCAAUGGAUCCACGGAUAUUCAAACUAACCAGGACAUUGACACUGCCAUAGUUUCAGACACCACAGAUGAUUUGUGGUUCCUCAACGAGGCUCCCCUGGAGCAGAGCAGUGCUGCCCUCAAGGUGCUGGACUCUGAGGAGGUGACAGAAGGUGACACAAAGGUGCCUGAGGAUGAGUGCUUGGAGGAGCUGGAGGAUUCCCAGUGCCUGAGUGAUGACACGGACACAGAGGCUGCUUCUGAGGAUUGCUGGCAAUGCUCCAAGUGCAAAAAGUUCAACUCUCCAGGGAAAAGGUACUGCUACCGCUGCUGGGCGCUGCGCAAGGACUGGUACCGCGACUGCCCCAAACUGCCCCACUCCCUGUCCCUUUCCAACAUCAACUCCAUGGAAAAACAGGAGCAGGAUGAUGGCAUGGACGUCCCAGACUGCAGGAGGACGAUUUCAGCCCCUGCUGGCCAAGCCAAACAUCUUUUCCUGGCAGAAUCCAAACCCCACAUGGAUCCUGGUGAUUCCAUCGACUCCUUGGAUCUGGCGCGGGACGGGAAAAGCCGCGAUUUCGCCAAGCUGAAGAAAGAGGAGGAGAUGGAAUCUUUGGAGAGCAUCAAAACCCUGCUGAACCCCUGCUUCCUGUGCCAGCACAGGCCAAGGGAUGGAAAUAUUGUCCAUGGAAGGACUGCUCACCUGGUGGCCUGCUUCAGGUGCGCCAGGAUGCUGAAGAAGAAGAAAUCGCCGUGUCCCGUGUGCAGGAAGGAGAUCAAGAUGGUCAUCAGGAUCUUCAUGGGCUAGCAGGGUUGUCUGACCCUAAAAUAAUCCCAGAAUGAAGAUUUUUGCACUCAAAUCCCAAUCUUAGUGUGUGCAGGAGGGAGAUCAAGAUGGUCAUCAGGAUCUUCUGACCCUAAAAUAAUCCCAGAAUGAAGAUUUUUGCACUCAAACCCCAAUUUCAGAGUGUUCAGGAAGAUCAGGAUGGUCAUCAGGAUCUUCAUGGGGUAGCAGAAUCUUCUGACCCUAAAAUAAUCCCCAAAAAAAGAUUUUUACACUCAAAUCCCAAUUUCAGAGUGUUCAGAAAGAUCAGGAUGGCCAUCAGGAUUUUCAUGGGGAUAGCAGCAUUGUCUGAUCCUAAAAUAUCCCCAAAAUGAGGAUUUUUGCACUCAAAUCCCAAUCUUAGUGUGUGCAGGAAGAUCAGGAUGGUCAUCAGGAUCUUCUGACCCAAAAAUAACCCCAAAAUGAGGAUUUUUGCACUCAAAUCCAAAUUUUGGAGUGUUCAGAAAGAUCAGGAUGGCCAUCAGGAUCUUCAUGGGGUAGCCAAAUCUUCUACUACUAAAAUAACCCCAAAAUGAGGAUUUUUGCACUCAAAUCCUCAUUACAGUGUGUGCAGGAGGGAGAUCAAGAUACCCAUCAACAUUUUCAUGGGGUAGCAGAAUCUUCUGACCCUAAAAUAAUCCCAAAGUGAGGAUUUUUUGCAUUCAAAUCCAAAUUUCAGAGUGUUCAGAAAGAUCAGGAUGGCCAUCAGGAUCUUUAUGGGGUUCAGCAGGAUCUUCUAUCUCUAAAAUAACCCCAAAAUGAAGAUUUUUUGCACAAAAACCCCAAUUCCAGAGCUUGGUCUGCAGGAUCAAGAUGCCAUCAGUAUCUUCAUGGGGAUAGCAGGAUCUUCUGUCUCUAAAAUAACCCCAAAAUGAGGAUUUUUGCACUCAAACCCCAAUUCCAGAGCUGAGCCAGUGAAACCAAAGAAAACCAAGAUUGAAAUCCCACCAAGAAUCUAUUUUUCCAUGGAAAUCUCCUCCAGAUCAAAAUCCCAGCUUGGAGAUUUUCCCAAUUUCCCAACUUCUGCCCAGUUUUAUUCCUUGGGAUUCUUUCUCCUGACCAAGAACAGAAGAUUUGGGGAAAAAAAUGUGACUUUUGGAAUUGUUUUUUUUUUUUCUAUAAGUCUCGACUUGUGCAAUUCCUUUGGAGCCUGAGAGAUGGAAACAGAAAUAAAUAUUUAUGGUGGGAGGGCAGGGGAUUUGGUUUGGGGGAAAGGGAGAAGCAAAAUAACUUUAUUCCUGAUUUUUUUUUAUUGUAUGAGGUCAGCAGGGUGAAGAAUUCCUUGCUCCCAGAUGGGAAAUAAAUGCAACUUUAAUCCACACCUCUCAGGUCACAAAUCAAAUGGAAAAAUAAUAAUAAUAAUGUUAUAUUUUGGGUAUUUUGGGGCUUUUUAAUUUCUAUUUCUUCUCUUUCUUUAUAUAUAUAAAACUAUUCUGUGUCACCUCUGUCCAGCAGGACUCAAUUCCAGCAGCUUUGGAAUAUUUUGGGAUGUUCCACCUGCCCUCACCUAUCCUUUAGGAUUAAAAGAAAUCCUCAUUUUUGUGUGAG